AAGAGUGAGAGCAAGCUUGAGAAGUGAGAAGAGCUAAGCCAAGAAGAAAGAACGUUGGUGUCAACUGGGAACUGACUAUUGGGAGAAGCUGGAAAAUUUGGCACUUUGCUCAGGAUUGGUUUUUAUUACUCCAGUAUAUUCUGUUCUGGAAAUACAUAUUCAAGGUGUAGACAUAGCCAAUUUUGAAGCAAGGAUGCAAGCAAUGAUGAAACCAACUUACACUGCAAUUGUCCAGCAUGCAAAAAGUGGGAAGCCUGCUAUUGUAUUUGUUCCUACAAGAAAGCAUGUCAGACUCACUGCUGUGUAUCUAAUGACUUACUCUAGUGUGGAAAAUGAGGAGAGUCUAGCUUUCUGGCUGCAGUUCCCUGAAGAACUGAUUCCUUUUGUGGGAAAAAUCAGUGAACAAACGUUGAGAGAACUCUACCUUAAGGAGUGGACUACUUGCAUGAGGUUUGCUGUGCUGUGGGGUACCAUUGUCAUCACACUUGGUGGUUGUAAUGGACCUCAGUACUAUGAUGGAAGGGAAAAGGCUCACACUGAUUACUCUUUCACAGAUCCGUUCCAGAUGAUGAGGUUCUUGCAUGAAGCUUUUCCCGUGGAAAGUCAUUUGCACCAUGUCUUACAUGAAAACUUUAAUGCAGAAGUUGUUGCUGGAGUUGUUGAGAACAAGCAAGAUGCUGUGAAUUAUCUUACAUGGACCUUCGUGGAUAGGAGGCUCACUCAAAAUCCAAACUCUUACAAUCUCCAGGGAGUGAGUCAUAGGCAUCUAUCAGAUCAUCAUUCAGAACUUGUCGAGAACACAUUAAGUGAUUUGGAAUCCAGUAAGUGUAUUGCAAUAGAAGAUGACAUGGAUCUUUAUCCUUUGAAUCUUGGCAUGACUGCCUCUCACUAUUGCAUCAGUUACACUACCAUUGAGCGCUUCAGCUCUUCUUUGACUUCCAAAACAAAGAUGAAGGGUCUUCUUGAGAUUCUUGCUUCAGCUUCUGAGUAUGCUCAGCUUCCUAUAUGACUUAGGGAUGAAGAAGCUCUUCAGAAGUUAAUAAAUCAUCGGAGAUUUU